AUGGCACCAAAUCAGAGUGAGAAGAAGCUUAUUGCCGAUAAAGUGGCUAAGGUGCGCGAAGUCGUCGACAACGCCACCACCAAUGAUAUCGUUAUGGUUCUUCAUUCCUUCGAUCUCGAUGUCAAUAAAACCAUUCAAGCUUUCUGCGAGGAUGGGGCUGCCAGCAUUCUCGGAGACUGGGUAACCUCUAGUGGAGUCAGUGUCGCCGCAGCCAAGAAGAAGAAGAAUAAGAAGUCGAAGGGAAAAUCUGCCGCCGCUACCGAAACACCAUCGACUGCAACAACUGAUGCAGUUCCGCCAGCCGCUAAAUCCCACGUUGCUCCAGAGAUUGUCAGCAAGCCUCAAGCUGUUGCGCAGAAAACAACUGGAACUCCCGCUGCUGCUGUUUCAUCUGACCCAUUGAGCACGGCCUUUAACGCUAUUCGUUUAGCUUUAAACGAUCGCGAAAAGGCACUAAAGGCGACUCUUUCGGCCAACCCGAAAGCUCAGCUUUCGUUGGACGCUACGGCACUCCUAAACGCCAUUUCUUCUUUCGGAACCACUCAGAAGCUGGUUGCCAAUGGCAAGCCUAGCAACCAGCCAAAGUCUGUUCCGCAAACUACUUCUCCAGCGCCGGCCGCACCAAUCAAACACGCCACUAGCCAGUCGAGCAUCACUAGCUCGGUUGGAGCUGACUCUGGCGUUAAUCUUAGCCCAACUCACAAAGAAGAGAAGAAGGCUCCAGCGAAAAAGCAAACCGUCGUCAGCGCCGGUGGCUUCCAGAUGUCGUCGGAAGGCCUUUCCGCCGAUCAAUUGUCUGCUCUUCAGCAGUCGUUGGCCAUGUCUCUUGCUGCUCGCGGACUCGACACUUCGGUGCUCACUUCUUCGGAGAACAUCAGCCGCAGACCUCGCCCUAAUAAGGGUGACAACAAGAAGGGCGGAAAUCAAGGAAAACAGCACCAAAAGGAGCAGCCAAAGCUCUCCAUUUUGUAG